AUGGCUGCAUGCAAGACUUGCAACGAAGCGUUAGUCUUUCGACUGGACGGCGAUGACGAUGAGAACGACAUGCAAGUUCCUGAUGACCUAGAGCUGCGCUGCGGUUGCCAUUUCCACUGGUCAUGUCUUCUCGAUCAGGCACAAACAGUGGCUUUGGCACUCAAGUGCCCAUGCUGUGGCACAUAUCUGCCUGAAAACGAGGCUGGUCCAUCGUCUACAAAUCCGCUGUUGCCUACCGCUGGGACGGCUAUUCUAGCACGGUAUACAAACGAGGGCGGCGUAGACCCUUCUCUUGAUAUCCUACCGUCCAUUACUGAGGAAGCAUACCUUGCAAGUCACCCAGAAACCCAACCUGCCAGAGCCUUCCAUGUCAUGUGCGGUGAAGGAGACCCCGAGGCCAUUGUUGAGCUGCUAUCAUCGCUCUCGGAGACUGACGAUGAAGAGGAGCUCGGCGUUCUAUCUGUGUUGCGCUACCAAGACCCUCUCGCUGGGAUGAAGAGCGCCCUACAUCUUGCAGUAGAGAGGGGCCAGCAGGAAGUUGCUAUGCUCCUCUUGUGGCUCUGUUCCACUGCUAACACCGAGUCUUUCCCCGAGGCUUCACGCCAGAUUGUCCAGUCUGCCGGGCUGGGGCGGCUAUCAGUAGGCUCAGAUGGUGACAUCCGGGGGUUGAGAGACAGCCGCGGCCUCACGGCGGUCGAGCUCGCUCGGCAAGCUCAGGGGCCCUGGGCUGGGUUCUUCGAAUCUGGGUUAUUCUUGUAG